AUUAAAAAAGACACAACUGUUGCAUCUGGAGGACAGUCACUGAGACGGUGAAGCGAUGGCUCGUCUCACAACUCUUCUCUUUGCCAUGUGGCUUGGUGUGACAGUGAGUACAGUGGUUGACCUGGAGAAGAGAAUCUUCGGAGGUAAAGAGUGUGGACCAAAGGAGCGUCUGUACCAUGUCAAGGUGAUAACCACUGAUCCCGACCGAGAACAGUACCUUUGUGGCGGCACUCUGAUCAGUGCCCAGUGGAUUCUGACUGCAGCUCACUGCUUUAAGCCAGGAGGGAGGUACACCGCAUAUAUAGGUGUGCAUCCUGCUUCUCCUAAAAAAGUGGAAAUCAAAGCUCCAGCUGAGAUCUUCAAAGACGGCAAUGAACACGACCUCAUGUUGCUGAAGCUGCCUCAAGCAGUACGUAACAAACCUGUACAACUUCCCGACUGUCAACAUCCUCCCAAGAAAGGUGCCGUGGUUCAGGUGGCAGGUCACGGUCAAACGAAGCUUGGCCCAAAUAAUGAAAAACUACCUAGUACUUCAGACACUCUGCAAUGUGCUGAUAUGAACAUCGUUGACUGUCAAUCUCAAGGACAUGAGCACUGGAUCUGUUACAGAGCACCUACGAUGGAUACAGGUCCCGGUGACUCUGGUGGAGGAGUGGUGUACAAGGACCAGAUUUAUGGUGUCCAUGUAAGGGGUCAUAAAAACGCCUUUUAUUCACCAGCUGUAGCAAUGGACCUCUGUUAUAAGCCAUACUUAAACUGGAUCAAGAAUACUAUCAAGCAACCAUGAGCAAAUGCAGCUUCUGGUUAAUGGUGAAAUGUUCAGUUAUUCAACAGAAAUUUCACAUCUAAAUUUACAGUUGAUGACAUUGUUUAUUAAAUCUUUUACUAUCAUUGGUUAAUUUGUGAAAUAUUUGUUAUGCAAUUGUAUAGGAACUAAAAUGUGUACAAAAUUUGUAAAAGUAAACAAUUGUGCAUUUUCCCAUUUGUAAAUUCUAAAGAUGGCUUCUGUUAUCAUACAGUCAUUGUAUCGGAAACAAAACUAUAACGGUAGACAUAUCAAUAGUCUGUUCUUCUUUUACCAAUAUUAAAAAGAAAAUUAUAAAUUUUACUUUCUUUUCCCAAUGUUCGUCAACUGAAAUAAA